GGCCGGCUCUUAAAGGCACCCGGGCCCAGGUUCUGGUACUGAAUUCCGGGUGCACCUUCCCCGCCACCAUGCGCGCCCCGAUCCCGACUCCGAUCCUGGUAGCCGUCCUGGGCUUGCUCCUCGCCGGCCCUACGGCCCCGGCGCGCCUCCGCCCGAGCCGGCUCUCCGAGCUGGGCAGCUUUUCGUGGGAUAAUUGUGACGAAGGGAAGGACCCUGCGGUGAUUCGGAGCCUGACGCUGGAGCCGGACCCCAUCGAGGUGCCUGGGAACGUGACCGUGAGCGUGGAGGGGAAGACCCAGGUCCCCCUCAGCUCCCCUCAGAAGGUGGAAUUAACUGUGGAGAAGGAGCUGGCCGGUUUCUGGGUGAAGAUCCCCUGCGUGGAGCAGCUGGGCAGCUGUACCUAUGACAACGUCUGCGACAUGCUUGAUGAUUACAUUCCCCCCGGACAGUCCUGCCCGGAGCCCCUGUAUGCCUAUGGCCUUCCCUGCCAUUGCCCCUUUAAAGAAGGCACCUACUCGCUGCCCACUACUUCUUUCACGCUGCCUGACCUGGAGCUGCCCAGCUGGCUCAGUUCGGGGAACUACCGGGUCCAGAGCAUCCUGAGCAGCGGCGGGAAGCGUCUGGCCUGCAUCAAGAUCGCCGUGUCCCUGAAGGGCAAAUAACACGGAGCCCGCCACAGCACGGAGGAAGGGGUGCGAACUGCGUGCUCUCGACUGGGUCUCCCCUCUUCCCUUCGUGCCAUUUAACUGUCACCUUCAAGGACGGGGCAAGUGGCCCUGCUCACAGGAAGGGGUGGCCUUCCUUCCUUAGGACCUUUGGGCACAGCUGAGCUGCUUGUCAUUCCUCUCCAUGACCCCUCACACCACAGACUUGUGUGUGCGCUCUCUCUCUCUCUCUCUCUCUCUCUCUCUCUCUCUCUC